AUGCAGUUCACCGCCGUUCUUCUCUUCGUCGCAUCGACUCUGGCCGCCACUUCUUCCCCAAUGGCACAAUGCGCCACCGAAUUCACCUUGUGCCAGCAGAGCGCAAAUGCAGUCACCCUCUUCACAAAGUGCUCGACUCUGUUGGCCGCCUGCGCUGCAUCUGGAGCCAUGACCACGGACGAUGAAUCCCUCGGCCAAACCAUGAGUGAUGGUUUGAGGAAGGCUUACCGAAAGUGUCGGGAGGAAUACAGUUCUUGCAGGGGCGCUCCACGGGCGAACUUGAGCACUUGCGCUAAUGAGGCUCUUGGUUGCUUCGCCGAUGGAAAGAGAAGAUUCGAUUCGAUCUCGAUUUCUAGCAAAUGA